AUGUUUACAGGACAUUUGAGUCACGAAGAUUUUUUCGCCCAGUUAUCUUUGCUCUUUGAGUCUCCGCGCCAGAAAAAUCAUGGGAGCGUCUACUUGACUCAGAAGCCCAUGACAUAUAACACCACCAGUCCAGCUCAAAGCAAAGAUUCUCUAGCUCAAGAAAAUCAUCCAACCACUCCUCUUCCGAUAAUCGUACGUGCCUCAAAUGGAAAAUCUAAGGAAAAGAAAGAUAAAAAGAUCAAACUUUCUACAAUAGUAGAGGCGGAUUCGUUAGAAGCAUUCUUCACCAAAUACGCAGAAGUCUGCAAGGGAGGCAUGAGCGGGAUGAAAAAGAGAGACCGUAGCAAGGCAAAGGAAAAGCUGAAGGCCAAGAAAAAGCGCACAGAAGCCGCUGCUGUAGUAGCAGAACUUAAGAAAACCUAG